GUUCCUUUCCUCGACCCUUGUCGCUCUCUUCGCAUUUCUUGGAACAAGACCCUCUCACACAGAGCUCGUCGUCGAACAUGGGCAUCUUCGACGGCAGCAGAGAGAAGGGCAGCGAUGUCUCGCCGACAGCUUCUGGAGUCGCACAGGACCAUGAUUUUGCUGUAGGUCUUUCCGCCGACAACGCCGAUCAACUCCAGCGACAUCUUCGAAACCGACAGAUUCAGCUCAUCGCGAUUGGUGGCUCGAUUGGUACGGCGCUUUUCGUGAGCAUUGGAACUGGUCUCUACCAUGGUGGCGCUGCGAACUUGUUGCUCGCGUACGUGUGCCAGUCGUGUGUGCUUGCUAUGGUCAACAACAGUGUCGCUGAAAUGACCACUGCCUACCCCGUUUCAGGAGGUUUCAUUCGACACGCUGGACAAUGGGUUGACGAUGCGCUGGGAUUCAUGGUCGGCUGGAAUUUCUUCUUCUACGAGGCUCUGCUUGUCCCCUUCGAAAUAUCUGCCUUCACGUUGGUCAUCUCUUACUGGAGCGAUGAAGUCACGAAACCUGGUCCCAUAGCUGGUAUCAUUAUUGCUGUCAUCAUCUGCUACGCGGCGAUCAAUAUUCUCGCAGUCGGAGCCUUUGGUGAGGCUGAAUUCUGGCUGUCCGGCGGAAAGGUCAUUCUGAUAUUCUCCCUGUUCUUCUUCACCUUCAUCACCAUGGUUGGUGGAAACCCACGAGGCGAUGUCUAUGGUUUUCGGAACUGGACGAAUGGAGGAGCUUUUCGAGAAUACAUCACCAGUGGCGAUCUAGGUCGAUUUGAAGGGUACCUGGGUGGUCUGACUUCGGCUGUCUUCACAGUUGUCGGUCCUGAGUACAUCUCCAUCGUCGCAGCCGAGGCUAUGCGCCCUCGCAUCUACAUCAAGGCCGCUUUCAAAAUGGUGUAUCUGCGAUUCGGUAUCUUCUUCAUUGGUGGAGCAUUGGCAGUUGGCAUCGUCUGCAGCUCCCGUGAUCCAACCCUGGCCGGAAUUGUGACUGGCACUGUAGGCGCCGAAGGUGCCGCUGCUUCGCCGUAUGUCAUUGCCAUGGGCAACCUCGGAAUCUCAGUCUUCCCCGAUAUCGUCAAUGCAUUGAUCCUGACCUCGAUCUUCUCUGCCGGAAACACCUACACCUACUGCGCGGUCCGCAACUUGUACAGUCUGUCACUCGAAGGACGAGCUCCCAAAUUCCUGCGACACUGUACCCGCAAAGGUGUCCCGAUCUACUGUUUCUGUGUAGUCAUGAUCUUCCCAUUGCUCGCCUUCACUGCCGUCUCAAGCAGUUCAGCCGUAGCUACAACCUGGUUUGCCAGCUUGGUCACUGGCGGAGGACUCAUAAACUACAUCACCAUGUGCAUCACUUACAUCCGCUUCUACCAAGCCAUGAAAGCGCAGGGCUUCGACCGUCGCCAACUCCCCUACUACGGCUACUUCCAACCCUACUGCGCCUACUUCGCCCUCGUCUGGAUGAUCAUCGUCACCUGCAUCUACGGCUACACCUGCUACCUCCCCUGGGACGUCUCGAACUUCUUCGCAAACUACACCAUGCAACUCUUCAUCCCCCCUCUCUUCCUCAUCUGGAAACUCAUCCACAAAACUAAAUGGAUCAAGUCUUCCGAAGCGGAUCUUGUGUGGGAGAAACCUAUCAUUGAUGCCUACGAGGAGACGUUCCUGGACCCGCCUACGGGCUUUUGGAGGGAGAUGGGUCAGCUUGUGGGGCUUGGGAAGAAGGUUAAAGAGGCGAAUAGACGGAGCAGUGUUGCGCCUGCUGAUGUGGCGCAGGCGCGCGCGAAUGUGAAUCAGCAGUUUCAGAAGGCGUAGAUACAUCAUAUGCUCGUUCGAGUUUCGAGAAAGUUUGGCUACGUAGGCUGAAGAUAUAAGUCUAUAGUGUGCCGCAAAAACGAAUUUAUGAGC